AUGAAAUUAAAUUCUAUAACUUACCUGGGAGGUUUUUAUAAACCACCUGAUGCCAAAGUUGAGAAUUUUCUUGUGAAACUCGAUAUUAUCUUAGAAAAAUUUGAUAAUCUUUUUUGUUGCGGUGAUUUUAACAUUAAUCUUUUUUCUGGUGACAAUAAAGUUAAAAAAUAUAUUGAUACAACGGAAGCAAAUGGAUUUCGUUUUCUAAACUCUCGAUCUCUAGAUAUGUUCACAAGACAUGAUCAAUUGCAUGGCACAAAAUCAUGUAUAGAUCAUAUCUUCACGGAUAUUUUUCAAAAAUAUAAAUUUAAUAUUGCUGUCGAAAAUAUUCUUCAAGUUGAUCACCAUGCCGUAAUGCUUAAUGUAUCACACUUAAAUAAACAAUCCCAUAAAGUAGCCUCCAAAUAUAUCACUUUCACUUUUACUGAUCAUGAUAAGAUAAUUAAUUCGAAAAUACUAACCAAAGCACCUACUGAAUCUUUCAACACCUUAAUUGAUUUUAUAAAAAACGAAAUACAAAAGAAUACAUCAACAAAAUCCUAUAAAGAACGUUUUAGAAAAUCUUUCAUGAAUGUCAACAUUUAUAAUUUUAUGAAAAUACGAGAUAAUUACUUGAAAUUAUUAACAAAAUAUCCGAAUAUACAAUGGAUCACUGAUACUUUCAAGGAAUAUAGGAAUUUAGUUAAUAAACUUAUACGACAGGAAAAGAAAAAAAAGAAUGACGAAUUUUUCUUGAAUAAUCUCAGUGAUCCUAAAAAAACUUGGAAGAAAAUUAAUUCUCUGCUAACCAACACCAAUAUGAUGAAAAUGGAAAAUUGCGUUAAACUAAAAAUUGAUGACAUCGUAGUUGAUAAUAGAUUCCAAAUAGCAGAUGAAUUCAAUAAACAUUUUGUAAUGGUUGCAAAAAAUAUAAAAGAUAUUAUUGCUAGUAAAAUUAUAAAUUCAACCAGCUUCCAGUCCCUUGAUGAUUAUGAAAUCAAACAUCAAUUUGAUUUUCCACUCAGUGAUGAAAAUGAAAUAUUAAAUGUCAUAUCAAAUUUAAAAUCAUCGAAUGCCCGUGACAUAUUUGAACUUUCUAACAAUACAGGGCGAAGACGUCUUGAAUAUUUCACCGAAAACUCACUAGAUAUAAAACUUUAUGAUCAGAAAAUUGAAAGAGUCGAGAAUUAUAAAUAUCUUGGUCUUUUCAUUGAUGAAUCGUUGUCGUUUAUAAAGCACAUUGAGAACAUUAAAUCUAAAAUUCUUCCCAUGGCAUAUGCAAUAAAAAGAAUUCGUCCUUUAAUUAGUGAAAAAAUCUCUCUACAAUUAUAUUUUGCUAAUAUUCACUCGCAUCUCACAUUCAUGAAUCCAUUAUGGAGUGUGGCAACAAAUUUAGCAUUAAACACAUUAUUCAUAAUACAAAAGAAAUGCCUGAGAUUCAUCAAAAUGAAAACUAGAUUGUCUCCCUCUCAUGAACUCUUUUCUGAAAACAUACUUCCACUUCCAGCAUUAAAUAAUUAUCAAUUAAUAUUGUUAGCAUUUAAAUUAAAAAAUCAAUUACUGAAAAACAACAUCAAGUUAAAUUAUGUGGGUGACAUUCAUAGCUAUGGAACAAGGCGAUUUGAAAACUUUCAUAUUAAAAAAUAUGAUACUAGAUAUGGUUUUGCGGAUUUCUUUAGAAGGGGCUUGUUAAAAUACAAUGAAAUACCAGAUAACUUAAAGAGAUUAAAAACGUUAGGAGUUUUCAAAAACAGAUUAAAAGAAUUGACUUUUGAUCAAUAUGAACAUGAGAACGAUUUUGCAUAA